AAACACACCCUGGAAGUCUGCAUUUCUCAUGUCUUUGAGAUUGAAAGGUGGAUGAGAGAGAGAGAGAGAGAAAGAGAGAGGCUCUGCAUCCCCAAGCCGCUUCCAGCGUGGGCUCCACUCUCCACAGGCUUCACGCCGGGUGGACGGCAACAUGCAGCAGAUAUACUCCAGAGGGGCUUUCCUCACACUGUGCUUGACUCCUGCAGCGCUAACAAGCCUCCACCCCGAGUGCGAGUUCAUCUUCCAGCUGGAGAAAGACGAGCGCCGAUGCCUGCGCUCCAUCGCCGAGCAGGGAAACACGAGUGCUCACGGUUGUCGAGCAUUCUGGGACGCAGUGGUGUGUUGGCCUCACGCUGGAGUCGGGGAAACUGUUUACAGCGCUUGUCCUGCUGUGUUUUCCCUCUUCCGAAACGGCACAGGACAAGUGAGCCGAAAUUGCACCGAUGGAGGUUGGUCCAAACCGUUCCCGCCGUACCACGUCGCCUGCAGGGUGGACGAUGACAUACCAGAGACGGAGCAGAGCUACUUUGCCACCGUGAAAUUGAUCUACACCAUCGGCUACAGUAUCUCGCUGCUGGUGUUGACUGCCGCCGUGGUCAUCCUGCUCUUCUUUAGGAGGCUCCGUUGCGCUAGAAACUUCAUCCACAUCCAACUCUUCCUCACCUUCAUCCUGAAAGCCGCGGCGGUGUUCGUCAAGGACGCCACUCUGUUCUCCAGCGACGACACCAACCACUGCACCCUCUCCACCUUCGCCUGUAAGGCCGCUGUGGUCUUUUGUCACUAUUGCGUCAUGGCCAAUUUCUUCUGGCUCCUGGUGGAGGCGCUCUACCUCACUUCCCUACUGCUCUCCUCGUUUUACCACAGACGACGGUGCCUGUGGGGAUUCAGCCUGCUGGGAUGGGGGGUUCCCGUGUUCUUCAUCGUGCUGUGGAUCGGGUCCAGGGUGUAUUUUGAAGACACAGAAUGCUGGGACCUCAAUGAAGACUCGCACUAUUGGUGGAUCAUCAAGGGCCCCAUUGUGGUGUCCAUUGUGGUCAACUUCAUUCUCUUUGUCAACAUCGUUAGAAUUCUGAUCCAGAAGCUGAGUCCGCGACUAAUCCAGUUCAAUAACUCAUCACAGUACAGACGCCUGACCAAGUCCACCCUGCUGCUCAUCCCCUUGUUUGGCACCCACUACAUCUUUUUCAAUUUCCUGCCUGACUACUUUAACAUAAACCUGCGCCUCUGGGUUGAGCUCUGCAUCGGAUCCUUCCAGGGGCUCCUUGUCGCAAUCCUCUACUGCUUCCUCAAUCAAGAGGUGCAAAAAGAGGUGCACAUGCAGUGGCUCAGGUGGCAGGAGAGGAACUGUGGUGUGGUGUCCCCCGCGGCAAAGGGCAGCAUGAUGGACACACCCUUAUAGACGUGCCAAGGCAUUACACACACACACACAUUUACUUUAGCUUUUUUGGAAGAAUUUUUCUUCAAUCCCAAACCAAUGCAUUUCAACGGUCGCCUUUUCGCUAUUCGUGGGCUGCACAGAGCAAGCGUCCGCUGCUGCCAAUGUAUGUUGUUCAGUCGCACUGCUACAUGGCGUUACAGAUAUUAUAAUACAGUAUUUUGUGUUACAUCAUUUGUGUGUGAGUAUUACGUCAGUUGUGUUUCAUUACUAAGAAUUCUGUGAGCAAGACGUGUAGCCUACAUCAGUCCUUUGCCUUAUGUAUGAUGUAUUUUGCCGCAUCUCCAUGUGUGCUCAAUUCACAAUGGGCUUUUUAACGCCUUGUGAAAAGCCGCUUUGUUCACUUUUCACAAGGUUACAAUAGUUAUGGCAGCUCCAAAAUGUUAUUUCAUGUAAAUUGGAUUAUGGGAACAAGCUUUAGAAAGUGUUUUUUUUUUUUUUUCCCCCCAUCAACACAAGAGGAAAACAGUGCAGUAUAAUGCAGUUUACAAAACACAUCUUACCUUUAACAUGUGUGACGUUAUUGUUGUUGUUCUUGUUGUGUACUUUUUUUUUUUUUUUUUACUGUAGUCCUAUUUCAACGUGUUACGUUUUUUUUUCGUAAUCAUUAACCUGUACAAGUUUUAAUAAAAUGGUCAAAACGGCAA